UCGAUUCACUUGCUGUCAGUACCUGUUUGAUAAAUUUUCUUUCUUUUCGAUCUUAGACUUGCCGGUGUUAAGUACACGCUGUGCUGCUACUUUUUGUAACUAGUUUUUUUUGUGAAAAAUUUUAAUACGGGAAUAAUGGAAACCCAGAGGAAGAACCUUAUCAUUAACUACUUGCCGCCCGACUUUGAGGAAAAAGAUCUUCGCGAAUUGUUCUCGGUUUGUGGCGAAAUUAAGGAUGCAAAAAUUGUUCGGGAUCCCCAGACGCGAACCAGUCUGGGCUACGGGUUCGUGGUCUUCGAGAACAUGGUCAACGCGGUGGCGGCCCAGAUCCUUGUGGAUGGACACGAGGUCCGUGGCAAGAAGCUAAAGGUGGCUUUUGCCAGACCACGUGGCGAGCAUAUUAUGAAUGCCAACUUGUACUUGUCGUUUUUGCCGCCGAACGUGGAUGAGGAAAAGCUGAAGGAACUUUUUGGACAGUGCGGUAAAAUAAUUGAAGCGAAGGUUUUGCGUGACAAGUCAACCGGGGAGUCGCGUGGAAUUGGUUUUAUUCGAUUUGAUUUGCAUGUGUCGGCCCUGAGGGCCAGGGACACAUUUAAUUUCUAUUGCUUCAGGGGCUCCACCACGCCCAUUUCGGUUAGGUUCCGGCAACCCAGGAAGCCGAAGGAAGAAUCGGAGAAUACUACCGCAUCUGUUUAUCUAACCCAAGACAUCCCAGUAGAAAAUAUUUCGUCAGAUCUACCUCCUGGUGUUCCGGAACAACCUGAUUUGUAAAUUGUGCGCACAAAAAGCGCCCGCUAGAAAGCCCCCUCUCUUACUCAGGAACAACAAAAACAGCAGCAGCAACAACAACAACAUCUGCUCAGAGGGGGCUCUGUAAAUUGGAUUUAUAUGCAUGCCAAACGUUCCAGUGCGUCCUUGUGCGCCCCACCAAGAAGGAGAGAGAGACAGACAGAGAGAACUAGCUGUAAGACUGCAAGCUUCGCGAGAGAGAGCGUAGUUCAACUUUGACCUUUGCAUGGCGCAUGCUCGAGAUGCAACAACAACAAGAACUACAUCAAGAACCAUUACAACAACAAGUCUGCUGCGAGCGAGAUGUUUGGAGCUGUACAAAUUGCUAACGGUAAACGAAAAUGCAACUGCUGAUGCAUCCUGCUGUCUCGCUCAUUAAUUGAGUGCAUUUCAAGCUGUGGACACUAGUUGCCAUAUUUCCAUACUCACUCUCUCUCUCUCCUUUCAUUUUGUAUCAUUCGCAUGCAUUAUUGUUAAUUUUAAAUUUUUACACAUUAAAUUA